AUGCCUUGGUAUCCUUCCGAUGAGAUUGACGGCGUACUUGAGAUGUCGCGUGCGGAAUAUAUGGCCACGCAAGGCAAUCACAGCUUAAAUGCUGAUGCAGGUCCAUCGCAGACGCGGAGAACAGCGUCGUCGUCGCACCCUCGGCGUAUGACAUCAGACAUUGGUAUAAUCAACGCUGGAAUAGCAGAAAUCGACGAGGAGAUGGAACGACUGAAAGCUCGGCGAGCAUCGCUCAUUGUGCAGAAACAGACUGCAGAGAAGAAUAAGAGGAAGCUGGAUGCAUCCAUCCGAAACAUCAGUGCACUCCGAGUCAAAGAUACAGGCAGAGUCUCAGAAAAGGGCAUAGACUACACCACAGAAUUUGAAUGGACAGGUCCCCUUCGAUACAAGAUGAAGAUGGUAUUUGGGAUUGACGAUUUCCGUCUGUGCCAACAAGGGGUUUGCAACGCGAAUAUGGACGGUCGUGAUAUCAUCUGCGUGAUGCCCACAGGUGGGGGGAAAUCUUUGACCUAUCAACUUCCCGCUUUGUUGUCGAAUGGGUGCACUUUGGUGAUCUCACCCCUUAUUGCUUUAAUGGAGGACCAGGUCCUGCAUUUAAAAGAAGUGGGAGUUCGAGCGGCAAUGGUCACGGCUGAACUCCCUAGGGCAGAAAUGGAUCAAAUCACUCGACAAAUGAAAAUUAUGGCUUCCUCGACAGAGACAGAUCGAUCCGACAUCAAGCUCCUUUAUGUGACACCAGAGAAGGUAGUUAACAAUAGAAAUUUCUUGAGUUUGCUACAAGCUCUGGCGGAGGCCGGCAAAUUGAAUCGUUGGGUGCUAGACGAAGCACAUUGUAUCUCCCAUUAUGGUCACGAUUUCAGACCCGAUUAUCAGCGAUUGACUAUUCUUCGUACCACAUUUCCUAAUGUUCCCAUUAUAGCGCUUUCGGCGACAUGUCCACCAGCUGUGCUCGAAGACAUCCGGAAAGUGAUGAAAAUGGGACCGAUAGUCAAUGGAUCAUCUGCACCUCCCGUCGGAACAGUCUACUUUUCUGCCCCAUUGUAUCGCAAGAAUCUACACUACGCCGUGCUUCCGAAGCCCUCGACAUGCUCUGCAGCGAUUACCAUGAUGAAGAACUAUAUCUUAGAGCACCACAAGAAUCACGUCGGUAUCAUCUAUUGCUUAGCCAAAAAGGAUGCGGAGGACGUUGCCCAGAAGCUGAAGGAAGAGAGUGGCCAGGAAAUAAAGACAGAGGUGUACCACUCUGAUAUCACGCGCGAUGCGAAAGAAGCCAUUCACAAAAAAUGGCGGGAGGGACAGGUCAAGGUCGUGUGUGCUACCCUUGCGUUUGGACUUGGGAUCGACAAGAGUGAUGUGCGAUUCGUGCUGCAUCAUAGCAUGCCGAAAUCCUUGGAUGGCUUGUAUCAGGAAUCCGGACGUGCGGGACGUGAUAGAAAGGAUGCAGAUUGCGUCCUGUACUACAGGCCUCAGGAUGCCAUACGACUCACCCAGAUCGUGGACAAGGGAGCAGGGGAGUUAGAUAAGUUGCACGAUAUGUUGCGGUUUGCGCAGGACGUGGAGCAGUGUCGCAAGAUCCAAUUUGCCAAGUACUUCAACUCUUCUGCAGACCUGUCGAUGGACGUGUGGACGACUGGAGACGAGGAUGCUGAGACACCAUGUGGACACUGUGACAACUGUACACGCUCGGCAGAACUAGUCGAUCGACGGGACAUCACUCUCGCUGCGUGGCGGGUGCUCAAGGUGGUAGAGAUAGUGAACAAAAGGGGGGGCUUUGUUACCGUCGCGCAGCUGGCUGACCUGGUAAGGGGGCACGGUGGAAGCUCGUUCCAUGCGAAAGUCAAGAAGGGCAGGAAGACGGUGCGAGAGAAAGUCCACCUUGAUUUGAACGAGGUCGCCGGCGGCAAGCUUGAAUAUUCAAAGCAGGAUGCGGAACUACUCUGCAUCCACCUCAUGGUUGAGGACUAUCUGAAGACGUUUUACAGUGUGAAUAACUUCACUACCAACACAUACGUCAGGUUGGGUAACAACGCAGAUCGUCUCACUCAACUAUCCAAGCAGGACGUCGAGCAGGGCAAGACUCCAGCCAUACAUCGUUCCUUCCUCAUCAAAAGUAAACGAAAGCCAACGUCAAGGAGGAUUGGCGAGACAACCAGUAAUAGACAACAUGAGGAUGGUCCUAGCAGCAGUAGGAAAGGAAAGAGGCGUGCUAUUGAAUUUUCUGACGGAGAGGAAUCCGACGACGAGAGCGAAACUGCCAGGGACUCAGACUUUAUUUCUGCCUCGACAUCCGAGAAGCCUCGGUCCAGCUACUCCUAUAGACCUUCGGAAGGGAAAGCACCGCAUGACGAAGAUGUUUGGAGCCGCUCGAUGCUAUCACCUCCACCGAGACCAUCGAAACGGCCUCGCAGGACGUGUAGGAUUCCCGAUAUGGACAGAACUGUGGAUGUUGAAGUUAUAUGUAUAUCAUCGGACUAA